CUGCAAGGAGGUGGAAACUCAACAUGGGGGCUUGGAAUUACCUUUGGCAUUUCAUCUUCUCCCUUCUUCUCUGUACCAAGACUGGAAUGACAGAGGGAAGAAAUGUAACGACUGCCACCACUCAGAUCCACAUAAAGGGCUCUGUGAGCACAGAACCAGGUGGGACAACUGGCCUGGCUGCACACAACUCCAGUGCCACCACGGCUGAGCCCAGUGCCACGACAGCCCCUUCCCUCCUGGACACAUCCUUUCUGUCCCCCUCCACGAUGAGGAUGGUGGGUGGAGAAGGGAGGACAGAGACUGAGCCCACAGGGCCAAAUGGGGAAGGGAGCUCACUGGGGGCAUCUGCCAGGAGUGAUGUGGUGAGCCCAGCCACCCCUACAGCAGGACCUGCCACCACUGCCACUUCCAUGGGCACGGGGAGUGGCACUGCUUCCUCCCUGCCCAGUUCGGCAGUGACCAGCCACUCCUUGUCCUCUCCUGGUGGCUCCACAGCUGCAACUCCCAAUCCACAGCGAAGCAGCACCAGCAGCACCGCUGAGGAGCACUUGGCCACCACAGCCCACCCGUCCACAACACUCGUGGUCUCCACUCUGUCCUCCACUUCUGGCAUUACGAGUGUUCAGUCGGCUGCUGUGACAGCAGGGCACGUGACACACAGCCCAACUACCCCCAGGACAGUGGCUUCCACCUCUGGCACCUAUCCUGCCUCAGAUACCACCGAGGCCAGCCUUCCAUCCACCCCGGGCGGCAGCACGGAGACAUCGGCAGCUCAACACACCUCUGCGCCCCUCACACAGGGACAGGCCGUGCUGGAGGCAGGGACCACUCCAUCUUCCAUGGGGAGUCCCAUGUCUCCCACAGCCACGGCCUCCACAGGCAACAGCGCCACGACUCCUCCUGGAGAAGGGGAAAGUCCCACCAUCAACCAGGGGAGUGGAACGACAAAUGAUCCCAGUGCUGAGACCUCCCAUUCCCUCCCGGACACAUCCUUGGUGACCCCAUCCACGCCGAACCUUAAAAUGUCGACGUCUGUCAAUCCUUCUGUUACUGGAACUUGCUCUCCUAUCACUCUGUCCAUCCAGCUGGAGAACGUGACCAGUACAGUGAUACAGUUCAGCUGGAAACCUCAAGGUGGCACAGGAGACAGUCCUUACACAGUGCUUCUACGGGGAAAAUCAGGAGAGAUGGAGAGGAGAAUCCUAAAUGGAACAAGCACUGCAUUUGAAAAUCUGCUUUCUGGUCAGCAAUACCAAAUAUCCGUGGAUGUUUCAACUUGCUCUGAGAAUGUCAGCGCCUCCUUGGCUGUUCAGACAGGUAUUUCCUCAGGAAUCUUUUCCUUUUCUGUUGGCAAACUAACACAUUCAUUGGCCUUAAAAUGAAGCCCUUUUUCACUGAGCACCUACCUGGACAUCAAUAGGCAAAAGCAGGCCAAACUUUCAGACACUUAAAGUCAGCCUGCAAAUUUUUCAUUGGGCUAAGAUCUAAAGCUUCACUUGCCCUCCUGCCAAAUUAAAAACUUGACUGAACUAGAACAACAGUGGUUCAAUGUUCUAGUCUCUCCCAGCUCCACACACUUUAAUUCCAAAGCCUUACUUAGCUGAGGAACAAUUUUUAAAUAAUAACUAAAUUUUGUCUGGUUAUUCUGUUUUGCAUAUCCCCACAGCUGCUGAAGUCUACAAUGGAACCACUAGGAUUACCAAUGAAGAGUUCAAGCCUGAAUAUCAGAACAAAUCCAGUAGAGAAUUUCAGGAGUUUGAAACUAAGUUCAUUA